CGUUCAGAGGAGUAGGGGUUGAUCCUAGCGUUCUGACCUCACAACGGCAGUCAAGCACCCAAGCUGACUGGUAAAGCUGGCUAGCUUGAUUGCUACUUCUAGACACAAAUGAGAGAACACCUCACUCUGACCGCUUUACUCGCCAUUGCAGAACUGGUUAGGCUGAUUUCAUGCUUUCUAGAGCAUUGAUGACUGUCGCUGUGCUGCUGGCAAUAAUUUAAUAAUGUUUUUUUUGCCGACGUUUAAUGACACCGGUCAUAUUCAACUGGCGUUGUGCGUUCAUAAAUUCAUCAGUUAUUCUGCGCGCUGGCACACUCAGACGAGAGUGCUCCGAAAUCGGGGUAGAUAGCGAGAGUGAAUUUACGAACGCAUCUCUAAUAGGAUGUUGGAGAGCUAUAUUGACAAGGUUCUCUGUGGACAGAAGGGAGUCCGUUUUUUCUUCCCUCUGUGGGAAAGCUGUUGAUAUGAAAUGGUAGACAUGGGACACUCAGUUGUUGGAUAUAGCUGAGAUGGAGGUCAGAAGUUGACCUACAGUGAAGAAGUGGUCCCAGCUAUACCUACUGCCAAGGUUUACAAGUGCCAUUGAGGGUCAGUUUGGAGGGAUUUUGGACAGAUGCUCCUUGGUGUCCAUCAACCCACAGGACAGAGAAAAGUAUGCAGCACUGAUCAUGUCGUUAAUGGACAAGGACUGCCGAUACCACUUGGACACUUGUUUAUACAAUCCUGCAUUGUUCAAAGGUUCUUCGUUUUAUGUGCCUGAUGAGGAGGACUUUUCAAUCAGCAUACCUCCACCUGGGCGAUGGAACUGGAAUGAUGAAACCCAAGCCCUUGAGUUCAUCAGUUUUAAUACAUCUGUGGAGGUAAAAGAAAAGAGAAAAAAGACUAAACCUGUCCAUUUUCAAGAUCUUGCCAGCAAGCGUCCAGAGAGGCAAACACAGUCAUCGGCCAAGAGGGCGGGACAAAGCAGCAGGAAGACUGUGGGUCCUGCUCAACUCAAUGCCUACAAGUCCGCAGUAAAACGGGGUCAGAGUGACUAUGUGACCAUUGAGGAUGUGAAACAGGUGGCACUCAGUUUGCUGCAGGAGAACGAUGCGCUUCCCAUUCCACUUUGCUUCCUGUCAGUGUUGAAGAGCAGAGAGCUAGAUGAGUUCCUGGCUGCCCUCCUGCUCUACCUGUCCUGUUACUUUGAGAGGAAGUCUCUGGAGAAGAAGCCCAAGCCUCUCAUGGCUGACCAGAGUAUCACAGAUAAGCAGGUGAUGGCGGAGACCCUUGCUAAGGUGGAGCUGGCCCAGAAGCAGCUGGCCUUCUGCUACUCCAGCCUGAUCCUGGGCCUGGGCCUGUCCCAGCAGCACCACAUGGCCUGUGGCAGGAGCCGUGUGUCAUUGACCUACAAAGACAGGCAGUUGUAUGAGUGUCUGUACAGCUUCUUCUGCUACGUGGCGUGGGUGACAUUCAGUAGGAAGGAACUGAGGGGCAUACAGGAGGAGGUGGGGCACCUGCUGCGUUCUGACACCUUCAACCCCGCCCUCAGGACCAGGAUAGAUGCCACAGAGGACACCCUGGCCCAGGACUCCUCCACCAAAGAGGGACAGACUGAGCCCAAAGUGCACACACAGAGCCACAACGCCCCAGAGCAAAGGAAGUCCCAGCGUCGUCCGGCCUUGAGUAAGAUCAUGACCCAGCGCUCCCCGGUCAUGGUGUCCCUGCUGCCAUAUCCGUGGGAGGAGGCUCCUCAUCUGUUCCGCCGCUACAGACCCAGGAAGCAGAGCCAGGCCAAGCUGUAUAACCCAGAGACCCUGAUGGAGGAGCUCAAGGAGCAGCUGGCCUCUGUCAGCUUUGGGAUUCUGGGGAAGCCUCUGAGCCAGUUCAGCUGCACCACCCUUAUGCCCCAGGGAGCCAACAACGAAGACGAGGAGGAGGAAGAUGAUGAGGAUGACGAUGAUGAAGACUCCGGCGUCCAUGUUCGAAGCAGUAAGAACACCUUCAUGGCUCAGAGACCUGUCGCAUCAGCAGUGGACCAACGUGGCAGCCACAGCCGCGCCAAUACAGUCAUCUCACGGGCCACCACAGAGGGAGUGUCCUCAGACACAGAGUAAGAGUAUGUGCGUGUCUGUAUGUGUGCCAGGCUUCCCCCAAAGUUUGACCAAUAAAAAAAGAACAAAAACAUAUAAAAUGAUGUAUCUUUAGUCGCUCUGUGUUUCAUAAUUGGCCUUCAAGUUGCAUGUGGCUGAAUGUAUCUCACCAGAGAAAGCAUCUGAUCGAGCGAAACGGUGCCCCUCAGUAUAUGUAUGUUGUCUGGCCAAAAAGAGUAUGCCAUUGUUGCUGCCCGUAGCAUUGAAUUUAAUAGCAAGGGAAGCUAGCAAGCAUUUUGCCUCCCUUGAUAAUGUUUAAAUAAAAUAAUAACCAAUCAGCAUUGAGCUAAACUGAGCACCAAAAAAAGUGUCAAUGGAAGCUAGUUUGGAUUUGACUUCACACCAAUCACAUUGCAUCAAACGUAUUGAAAAAAAGGGGAUUUGGACUUGUGGACUUAGUGUACCGGCCAGUGAUUAUAACGGUGAUUCAGAUCCAACCAUAAAUUCAUACAUUGUGCCCCUGGCCUGAGUGGGUGGGAGUUCAAUAUGUAACUAGAUGUAGUAGGCUAACGUUAACUAGCUGGCUCAUCAUUGCCCUUGAAAUUAAGUUAGGCUAGCUGGCAAGCCUUUUAGCCAUGUAGCCUAGUCGAGAACAACAAAAACUAAAAGUGUGUAGGCUACUGUAUGACAGAGAGGAGGAUUGCAUUGGCGUUCCUUUACAAGGUAAGUCAUUGUUUUUUCUACUUGCGCACACACACACACACACACACACACACACACACACACACACACACACACACACACGGACAGCCACAUGUUAUUUACCUUAUGUUGAUUGGAUUUGAAAUGAUGGUGGAUUUACUUAGCAGAGGCCUCUCCUGUUUUUUUUUUUGUUCCCACUUGUGAUAUCACUUUUUGUUUCUAAAUCAAUAAUUGUUUAGUAGUCAGACAUUUUGCAAGCAAAACAUCAAGUUUUAAAUUUCAUUUCCUGCAGUUGUACACAUUUGACCAUGGGGCGCAGAAUUUUUUUUGCAUUUUUAAAGCAAGUUUGCUCCAAUUAUACACAUUUUGCCAUGGGCCAAAGAGAAGAUUUACCCAUUUCUGGCAAUUCUUCAAAUUUUCCCAUGGGGUGUAGAGAAAAUGUUUGCAGGUUUACAUCACAUUUUCUGUAAUUCUACACAUUUUGCCAUAGGUUGGAGAGUAAUGUUUGCAGUUUUUAAUAUUUCAUUUUUUUGGGGUGAGAGCGACUAAUUAAAUCAAUGUGGGCCCCCCAGUUGGUAAUUCGACCAUGAUUACUACAAGUUUAGAAAGCUGAACAUUAUACUAACAAAAAAUGUUAGCUGACAUGGGCUAAUUGAGUGACUGUCAGUGACUGACAUAACAAAAGAAAAACUUCUGAUGCACAACUACAUUUUCAAAAUGGCACCCUGUAUAUUCUACUAUUCUAACUCUCAACAGUAAGUUGAGACCUCAACUGAGUUCUUAAUUAUUUAUUUUUAUUGAUCCACGGGCCGCCAGUUGCCCAUCCCUGCUGUAGGUCAUCUACCUGUUUGUUACAUGCAAUGUGCUUUGUGGACUUCACCGGACAGAUAUGGCUCUCUGGUUUUGUGAAGAAACAAACGUGUGGUUGAAUUUAUUCUGCCCAGUGGUGUAAAGUACUUUAGUAAAAUUACUUUAAAGUACUACUUAGUAGUUUAUUGGUGUAUCUGUACUGUACUUUACCAUUUAUAUCUGAUCUAGCAGACUUAGUUUGCUUAGUUUGUACAUUAUGUCUGAGUGUUGGAGUGUUGGAGUGUGCCACUGGCUAGCAAUAAAACGAAC